GCAGGCGUAGGUGCGCCUCUUUUCCUCCGGCUCGGUGAGUACAUGUACCUUAGAGGUUAUUUGAUGCCUUUUCCUUUUUGCCGUGGCCUGAAGCUUUUGGUCAUUUUCUGUUCCGAUUUUACUUGUCUCGUCACAGCCCUCAAGACCCUUGGUGUCGCCAUGGGACGCCGUCCCGCCCGGUGUUACCGGUAUUGUAAGAACAAGCCGUACCCAAAGUCCCGCUUCUGCCGAGGUGUCCCUGAUGCCAAAAUCCGCAUCUUUGACCUGGGGCGGAAGAAGGCAAAAGUGGAUGAGUUCCCACUGUGUGGCCACAUGGUGUCCGAUGAAUAUGAGCAGCUCUCCUCCGAAGCUCUGGAGGCUGCCCGGAUUUGUGCCAACAAGUACAUGGUAAAAAGCUGUGGCAAAGAUGGCUUCCAUAUCCGCGUGCGGCUCCACCCUUUCCAUGUCAUCCGCAUCAACAAGAUGUUGUCCUGUGCUGGCGCUGACAGGCUCCAGACAGGCAUGCGAGGUGCCUUCGGGAAGCCCCAGGGCACAGUGGCAAGGGUUCACAUUGGACAGGUCAUCAUGUCCAUCCGCACCAAGCUGCAGAACAAGGAACAUGUGAUCGAGGCCUUACGCAGGGCCAAGUUCAAGUUCCCUGGCCGCCAGAAGAUUCACAUCUCCAAGAAGUGGGGCUUCACCAAGUUCAAUGCAGAUGAAUUUGAAGACAUGGUGGCUGAGAAGCGCCUUAUCCCUGAUGGCUGUGGGGUUAAAUAUAUCCCGAACCGAGGCCCCCUGGACAAGUGGCGGGCCUUGCACUCCUGAAGGCUUCCACUGUGCUGCCCCUCCUAACAAGUUCAUCAAUAAAUCUUAUCUCUGCCCCACUUAA